AUGUCCCCGGGUGGGACUCUGCCAGUUACACACCUGCUCAACGCCAGCUCAACACAUGCUCUCCGCCAGCUCAACACCUUCUCUCCGCCAGCUCAACACCUACUCUACGCCAGUUCAACAUCUGCUCUCCGCCAGCUCAACACCUGCCCUCCACCGGUUCAACACCUGCUCUCCGCCAGUUCAACACCUGCUCUCCGCCAGCUCAACACCUGCUCACCGCUAGGUCAACACCUGCUCUCCGCCAGCUCAACACCUGCAUUCCGCCAGCUCAACAUCUGCUCUCCGCCAGCUCAACACCUGCUCUCCGCCAGCUCAACACCUGCUCACCGCCAGGUCAACACCUACUCUAAGCCAGUUCAAAACCUACUCUACGCCAGUUCAACACCUGCCCUCCACCGGGUCAACACCUGCUCUCCGCCAGCUCAACAACUGUUCUCCGCCAGCUCAACACCUACUCUACGCCAGUUAAACACCUGCCCUCCACCGGUUCAACACCUGCUCUCCGCCAGUUCAACACCUGCUCUCCGCCAGGUCAACACCUGCUCUCCGCCAGCUCAACACCUGCUCACCGCCAGCUCAACACCUGCUCACCGCCAGGUCAACACCUGCUCUCCGCCAGCUCAACACCUGCUUUCCGCCAGCUCAACAUCUUCUCUCCGCCAGCUCAACACCUGCUCUCCGCCAGCUCAACUCCUUCUCUCCGCCAGCACAACACCUUCUCUCCGCCAUUUCAACACCUGCUCUCCGCCAGUUCAACACCUGCUCUCCGCUACUCAACACCUGCUCUACGACAGCUCAACACCUGCUUUCCGCCAGCUCAACAUCUUCUCUCCGCCAGCUCAACACCUGCUUUCCGCCAGCUCAACAUCUUCUCUCCGCCAGCUCAACACCUGCUCUCCACCAGCUCAACACCUGCUUUCCGCCAGCUCAACAUCUUCUCUCCGCCAGCUCAACACCUGCUCUCCGCCAGCUCAACAUCUUCUCUCCGCCAGCUCAACACCUGCUCUCCGCCAGCUCAACUCCUUCUCUCCGCCAGCACAACACCUUCUCUCCGCCAUUUCAACACCUGCUCUCCGCCAGCUCAACUCCUUCUCUCCGCCAGCACAACACCUUCUCUCCGCCAUUUCAACACAUGCUCUCCGCCAGCUCAACACCUUCUCUCCGCCAUUUCAACACCUGCUCUCCGCCAGCUCAACACAUGCUCUCCGCCAGUUCAACACCUGCUCUCCGCUAGUUAAACACCUUCUCUCCGCCAGCUCAACACCUGCUCUACGACAGCUGAACACCUGCUUUCCGCCAGCUCAGCUACUUCUCUCCACCAGCUCAACACCUACUCUCCGCCAUCUCAACUCCUUCUCUCCGCCAGCACAACACCUUCUCUCCGCCAUUUCAACACAUGCUCUCCACCAGCUCAACACCUGCUCUCCGCGAGUUCAACACCUGCUCUCCGCCAGCUCAACACCUGCUCUACGACAGCUCAACACCUGCUAUACGACAGCUCAACACCUGCUCUCCGCCAGUUCAACACCUGCUCUCCGCCAGCUCAACACCUGCUCAACGCCAGCUCAACACAUGCUCUCCGCCAGCUCAAAACCUGCUUUCCGCCAGCUCAACAUCUUCUCUCCGCCAGCUCAACUCCUUCUCUCCGCCAGCUCAACAACUUCUCUCCGUCAGUUCAACACCAGCUCUCCGCCAGUUCAACACCUGCUCUCAGCCAUUUCAACACCUUCUCUCCGUCAACUCAACACCUGCUCUCCGCCAGUUCACACCUGCUCUCCGCCAGUUCAGCAUGUGCUCCCCGCGGCUCUACACGUGCUCUCCGCCUGCUCAACACCUUCUCUCCGCCAUUUCAACACCUUCUCUCCGUCAGUUCAACACCUGAUCUCCGCCAGUUCAACACCUGCUCUCCGCAAGUUUAACAUCUGCUCUCCGAUAGCUCAACACCUUCUCUCCGACAUUUCAACACCUGCUCUACGCCAGCUCAACACCAGCUCUCCGCAAGUUCAACAUCUGCUCUCCGCCAUUUCAACACCUGCUCUCCGUCAGUUCAACACCUUCUCUCCGCCAGUUCAACACCUGCUCUCUGUCAGUUCAACAACUGCUCACCGCCAGUUCAACAUAUGCUCUCCACCAGCUCAACACCUUCUAUCUGGCAGCUCAACACCUUCUAUCCGGCAGCUCAACACCUGCUCUCCGCCAGUACAACACCUGCUCUCCGUCAGCUCAACACCUUCUCUCCGCCAGCUCAACACCGGCUCUACGCCAGUUCAACACCUGCUCUCCGCCAGCUCAACACCUGCUCUCCGUCAGCUCAACACCUUCUCUCCGCCAGUUCAACACCUGCUCUCCGCCAGUACAACACCUGCUCUCCGUCAGCUCAACACCUUCUCUCCGCCAGUUCAACACCUGCUCUCCGCCAGCUCAACAUCUCUCCGCCAGCUCAACACCUGCUCUACGCCAGUUCAACACCUGCUCUCCGCCAGCUCAACACCAGCUCUCCGCCAGCUCAACACCUUCUCUCCGCCAGUUCAACACCUGCUCUCCGCCACUCAACACCUGCUCUCCGUCAGCUCAACACCUUCUCUCCGCCAGUUCAACACCUGCUCUCCGCCAGUACAACACCUGCUCUCCGUCAGCUCAACACCUUCUCUCCGCCAGUUCAACACCUGCUCUCCGCCAGCUCAACAUCUCUCCGCCAGCUCAACACCUGCUCUACGCCAGUUCAACACCUGCUCUCCGCCAGCUCAACACCAGCUCUCCGCCAGCUCAACACCUUCUCUCCGCCAGUUCAACACCUGCUCUCCGCCAGUACAACACCUGCUCUCCGUCAGCUCAACACCUUCUCUCCGCCAGUUCAACACCUGCUCUCCGCCAGUUCAACACCUGCUCUCCGCCAGCUCAACACCUGCUCUCCACCAGCUCAACACCUGCUCUCCGCCAGCUCAACACCUGCUCUCCGCCAGCACAACACAUGCUCUGCGCCAGCUCAACACCUGCUCUCCGCCAGCUCAACACCUGCUCUCCGCCAUCUCAACACCUGCUCUCCGCCAGUUCAACACCUGCUCUCCGCCAGUUCAACACCUGCUCUCCGCCAGUACAACACCUGCUCUCCGCCAGCUCAAAACCUGCUCUCCGCCAGCUCAACACCUGCUCUCCGCCAGCUCAACACCUGCUCUCCGCCAGCUCAACACCUGCUCUCCGCCAUCUCAACACCUGCUCUCCGCCAGUUCAACACCUGCUCUCCGCCAGUUCAACACCUGCUGUCUGCCAGCCACGGGGGACGACACGCCUAGAGACAAGUCUCAUUUCGACCCGUGCAUUAGCUUCAGGGUCUACGUCUACCAUUCAUAG